AUGGUCUCCUUCCGCAUCUACCCCAUCAUCGCCGUGCUGGUCACGGCGGUGUCCCUCGUCUCGCUCUCCACCGCCCGUCCCAUCCGCUCCACUUCCAUUCACGCUCGCGCCGGCGGCAACGUCAUCCACGGUCACCGCCAGACUCCCAUCCAUAUCCAUCGCCGCAACGACCAUGGCGACGUCACCAGUCACGACGGCUACGAAUCACAGCUGCACGCUCUCGAGGCCGCGCUCAAGCACUAUGAGGAGUACGGCGAUGCUGAGAGCCUCAAGACGUAUCUCAAGGGUUUCACUGGUGGUAGCGAUGCUGGGAAAGGUAACAACGGUGAUGGCGGUGAUGCUGCUAAGAACUCCCCUCAGGCGGCCCCCAAGGAGGACGAGAAGCCGAACCAGGACCAGUCGGGCAACAACGCUGCCAAGAACUCCCCUCAGGAGACUCCGAAGGAUGACAAAAAGGAGGACAAGAAGGAGGACAAGGAUCAGUCUGGUGACAAGCAGAAGCAGCAGCAGCAGUCGCAGCCUCAACAGCAGCAACAGCAGCAGCAGCAGUCCGAGCAGCCCAGCGAGGACGACUGCGAGGACGACGAUCACUCCGACGACAUCCAGGCGCCGCAGCCCAAACCCCAGCCGCAGCCUCAAUCGCAGCCCAAGAUGGUCAAGCAGCCCAAGCCUCAAUCCCAGUCCUACACCUCUCCAUCCUCAAAUAGCUCGGACGCCUCCAACAGCAUCAACGGCUACACAAUCCCCUCCUUCACCACCGACUCUGCUCCCUCGACCAUCUCCCUCUACACCGCCUCCCCCUUCUCCGGCCGGGCGACGUUCUACAACACCGGCCUGGGCGCAUGCGGCAUCACCAACGCGGACAACGACCCGAUCGUCGCCAUCUCGCGCGACCUGUUCGAGCAGUACAACCCCUCCGAUGGCAACCCGAACAACAACUCGCUCUGCGGCAAGAAGGUCGAGAUCUCCUGGAACGGCAAGAAGGCCUAUGCGUUUGCGACCGAUGAAUGCCCCGGAUGCGAGAAGACCAGUCUGGACUGCUCUCCGGGCGUGUUUGAGCAGCUCGAUAACAAGGAUAAGGGCGUGCUCGAUGGGAUCAGCUGGCGAUUCGUCUAG